AUGAGUUCUCUCAAUGGCUGGCACAAAGGUGAACGUGCCAUUCAGGAGAAACUCGGAUUUCAGGGAGCUGUAUCCCAGUCUUGGACUCAGAUCGAAGGAGAAAUGCCUGAGCAGCACCGGAUUUUCUACUCCACACGUCUCCCAUUUAUUCCUGUCACCACUCUUGAUUCUAUGGGUCGUCCUUGGUCUUCAAUACUUGCAGGUCCACAUGGAGAGAUUGGGUGGGUUUCCAGCGAGACGUACGACCAAUUGUCUAUGCGGGUGGAGGUCUGGGACGGCGAUCCGCUCAAGGCGAAUGCGGACUAUCACGCUGGUACUACGGAUGGAUCUCAGAGGGAGAUGCUCAUUGCUGGUAUUGGUGUAGAGUUCUCAACUAGGCGCAGGAACAAGUUUGCAGGAAAUUGCCCGAAAUACAUCACGAUCCGCAAUCUUAUCAACAUCCCCCCGACUGACCGUCUUCCUUCAGAUCUCAUCACAUUCAUCCUUUCAUCCGACACCGUAUUCCUAGGUUCAUCAUAUUCGGCCUCUGAGGAAGAUGCACCGAGGUUUCCAUCUCACCUCGGCAUGAAUCAUCGGGGCGGGAGGCCUGGGUUUGUUCGUGUACGCAACGAUGGGCCGUACUCUCGCAAUCGAUUGAUGACAUCUCUCGGAAAUAUAGAAGCCACAGCUCUUGCUUCUUUGACAUUCCCAUCGUUCACCGACGGAUCGCUCUUAUAUGUUACCGGAAUUGCCCAUAACCUUUUUGGCGCUCCCGCUCAAGCAAUUAUGCCUUCGCACAAUGCUCUCAGCACGAUUGAAAUAACAGGUUAUAUCUUUAUCGAGGACGCAUUGCCUGUCCGUCAACGUGAAGGGGCAGAGCCGCAGAGGAGUCCGUACGCACCCCCUGUGAAGCUUCUCAAAGAAGAACAAGCUUCUUCAACGUACUUCAGCAGCGAAGACGCGAUACAUGCGACGCUUUCCCGCAUCCAGCUUCAUUCCUCCGAUAUCGCCACAUUCGCAUUUGAAUCUCCUCACAAGCUUAAUAUUAUCCCAGGCCAAGCCGCCAUCCUUGAUUUCACCUCUUUCCUCGGUGCAUCGCCAUACAGGCACAUGGCAGCCGAAAACCCAAAUUCGGUGAACGACGAUCGUAUAAGGACGUGGACUAUUUCGUGGUGCAGCUCGUGGAAAUCGGUUGCGGAUGGGGUAGGCACGACAUUUUCCUUGACAAUGCGCCUGAAGCCUGGUGGUGCCAUUACUGGGGCACUAUUUGACAUUGCCAACAAACUCUCAGCGGUCCGCCCAGAGUUGCUUGAGGACUCACGUCCGCUUGGACUGGGCGUUACGCUGGUCGGAAUAGGAGGGGACUUCGUCCUCGAGCCCACAGACCCUCACGAGGGCCCUGAAAUCGCGAUUACACGCGAGGAAGAACAGAUUUCUGUCCGAAAAAAUGCUCCAAGGAAGCUCCUUUGGAUAGCGGGCGGGAUUGGAAUAACACCUUUCCUCGCUAUGCUCUGUGACAUUCCCUCACACUUCGCCGAGUACGAAAUCACCCUUUUGUUGUCUACUCGCGAGCCAGAUGUGAUGCUCUCUCUUCUUUCCAAUGCAAUCGAAGCCGCUGCCACGAAAGCUCCUUACCUACUUCCGUAUCGCUUCAUCGACAUUCUGGACGGAUCACUUCCUCGUUUGCCUCCGACUUCAAAGCUGAAUGUGUGUAUGGUUUGCGGCCCAGAAAUAUUCGAGCGAGAGGGUUAUCCAGGGCGUGGCUGGGAAGGUGAGAAAGGAGGGAAUACUAUGGGGAAGUUCUCCGAGGUCUUAGUAACCGCACGGCUGUAUACAUGUUUAGUCAGCACAACCACAUUACUUGCUCCUCGGUCACACGUCAGAGGCUAAUCCAGGUUUGGGUAUACGAUCGUGUUCAAGUGAUAGCGCCUGUGCUACAUCUGACCGCUGGCUAGGUGGGCAAAGAUAGUAAAAACAAG